AUGACAUAUCAACAAGCAACUGGACGAGCUACGCGAGCCAUCAAAUGUGUAGUUGUUGGUGACGGUGCCGUCGGAAAGACUUGCUUAUUAGCUGCUUAUGCGCAAAAUAAAUUUUUGGGUGAAUAUCGCCCAACGAUAUUUGACAAUUAUGCUGUCACGGUAACCAUCGAUCAAGAACCUUAUACAUUAAAUUUAUUUGAUACAGCAGGGCAAGAAGAUUACGAUCGUCUUCGUCUCUUGAGCUAUCCUCAAACCGAUAUUUUCUUAGUGUGCUUUAAUAUCGCUUUACCUUCAUCGUAUGAAAAUGUUCGCGCAAAGUGGAUACCGGAAAUAGCUCAUCAUUGUCCUCGUACUAAAUUUAUACUUGUUGGAACACAAACCGAUCUUCGAGAUGAUCCGAAAACAAUUGCCUCAUUGAAACACUCACAUGAAAAAUUGAUCUCCUUCAAACAAGGAGAAAAACUGGCGCGUGAACUCAAAGCAGUAACAUAUGUUGAGUGCAGCGCAUUGACACAAAGAGGUGUCAAAGAAGUUUUUGAUGAAGCAAUCAUUGCCGCUCUUAUAAAGUCAAACAAACCUGAAAAACCAUCAUGUUCCAUCUUGUGA